AUGGAUAAUUUAAAACAACCAAAAGUGGGCAGUUUAAAAAAUAAACAGUAAGUUAUGAGGAAGUUGAAUUUAAUUUAUAUUUAUAUAUAAAGUAAUGUCACCAAUAGGCGUCUUCUAUAAAAAAUUAAUAUCACUAUUUAUUUCUGCACAUUGCACAUAUUCAUAUUAUGCUCUUAAUAGAUUAAACAUUACAAAACAAAAACAAAAACACCUAUAUUUAUGUAUUUUUGUAAUUUUUAGAAAAAAGAAGAUAUCUUCAAACAAUUCUAUGUCUACAAAUGCUUUAAUUAAAAAAAAAAAGGAAUGCGAGAAAAAAGCAUUAAAUAUUGUGAUAGAGUUAAUCGAUGGAAAGUUGGAAGAAAAUGUAUUAUUAGAAAAAGUAAAACUUAAAUUAUGUUUGCAUUAUUUUUUUGUAUUGCUUAUAGGUACUAGAAGAUGAUUUAAUUUUUACAUUAUAACUAUUAGUUAAUACCUAAUAUUAAUUUUUUAAUUGACCAUAUUCAAAAAAGAAAAAAAAACUGUUAUACUAAGUCUCGUUUCUGUCUUAGUCUCUUUUUACUAUCCCAAUAAAAAAUUAGGUAUUCAUCAUUUAAUAAAAUAAUAUACCACUAAUUUCAAACACCUAUCAUGACACUGACACCAAAGUCUCAAAAUGGUUAUCCUGUAAACUAAACUAUAACUGAAUUUAUACCGCUCAUGUCAUUUAUUAUAAAAUCAUACCAGUAUAGAAAUGUUACUAUGAACGUGUUCUAAUUUUUUUUCUAACUCAAUAUUUUUGAAAGAUUCAUAUCCAACCCCAAAGGUUAGUAUUAAAGGUUAUGACAGUAACACGUAGAUCAUGGUAUAAAUCUACUUUAUUGAAUCUUUUUUUUUUUGAAACUUAUGUAGGUAGUUAGGCAUGCUGAAAUUGUUGAUGAAUUUAGAAUUUGAGACUCAGACUUAGUUUUUGAGUUAUAACACUUAAAAAUUAUUAUAUAAUAUAUAUAUUAUUAAUAAUAUUAUGUAUGUUAUGUUAUUAUCAAACGAGCAGCAAGUAACAACCCCUGAUCUCUAGUUCUACCUAUAAUACAUUUUGACUUUACCCGAUUACCUGUGGUUUUCACAACAAAUCAAAGGUUAUUUUUGAUUAAAAUUGUCUGCGUGAACGCAGGAAGCGAGUGACACAAAUUGGGUCUAUAACCACCUAUAUUUUUCAUUUUUCAAUGUUACCUUCCCGACAUGGCUUUGUACGACAAAUUAAGGGACAUUUUCAUUUUUAAUUGUCCAAACGAGUGGCCAUCUCGAGUGUAUAUGUGCAUAAUAAGUUAUAAUUCAAGCGAAGUUACCACUGCACAACAUUUUGAUUGGUUAUAACUUUGAAACUAAGUUCGUCAACGAAUUCCGAUUUCACUUAAUUUUUUAUCGUUACAAAAAUGGGGUGUCCCGUAAAGUUAAAAAGUUCUGAUUAACGAACUUCCAUUAUAAUUACAGUUUUAUUAAAAAUAUUUUUAUAAAAGGGAAUAAUGAUUUUCUUUUAAUUUUUUCAUUAUUUAAUUUAAAAAAAUUUUAUAUUUUAUAGUGUAAUACUUUUUACUAGAAUUUAUGCACAGUAAGCACUUGUAAGCAUUUUUUUAAAAUAACCUAUCUAUAAUAUAAGUAAUUGGAUGCAAUUAUACAUUAUACAAUUUAUAACAUUUAGUGGUGUUAUAGGUUAUAACUAUUCUAUAUUCUAAAAUAUUUUACUGUUUCAGAGUUCAUAGAAUUUAUGCAUGUAGCUUCAUUAGAAAUAUUUAAAUAACAUCAUUUCAUUAAGUAUACAAAUAUGUUUAAAUAACCUUUCAAAAUGUUUAAAAUAUGAAUAUGCAAUAUAAUUAUAUAUAUUUAUAGAUUAAGGUUUUAUUAAGUGUGUAUACUGAAUCUUUUUUUUUUUUUUUAUAUAUAGUUACAUUUAAUUAAUGCUUGUCACUAUGAAGAUGUAGUAGAAGAAAGAUUUAUUUUGAAAACCUGUGGAUAUGUAAUCUGUAAUCAACAAUUAACUUGUAUACCAACACAACAAUAUAAAAUUUCAUUAAUUAAAAAAAAAGUGUUUGAUAUAACUGAACGAAAAGUAAAUACAUUUUAAAAUUUAUUUAAUUAUGAAAUUUUAUAAUUAACAACUUAUUAUUAUUCUUAAUUUUCUUACACCUACCCAUUAUUUUCAAUAGUUAAAGUAUUAACUAUUAAAUUAAUAUUAGUUUAACUAUUCAAGCUUUUAACAUUUGUAUUUAAUAUCCAUAUUAUUCACAGUCUAAACAAUUUUGAAAAAAGACUUAUAUUAUAAUAUACUCUAGACUUUAGAGUAUACAGGGUCAAUCAAAAUUUGAAUUACAGCCUUUCUAUAAUGUAAAUAUUUUGAAUAGUGAAAAUGUAUGAGACAAACAUUUUUUUCGAUUUAUAAACAUAUAAAAUAAUGUAUACAUUUUUAGAUUCUGAGCAGAGCAAGGAAUGUAUUGUUUUUACAAUAUUCUUUUUUUUCCUUGAACAACUAAAAUGUUGCACUAAUUUUCAAAUAUAGCACCUUUUCUGAAAGAUUUUCCAAUGGAUUAUCAUAAUAACAAAUGAGAAAAAACUGGAAAAAUUCUAAAUGUAUUAUUUUAUAUCACAGUCUUUCAAAAUAUAUAUAUAUAUAUAUAUAAAAACUCUGCUCAGAAUCGUUUUUCAUUUGCGAUGAUUAUUCGUUGCGAAAAGAUACAUUUCUCCUCUAUCUUUCCAAAUUCUCACCUACAACAAUGUCAAAGAAUCUCAAUUUUUUUUUUAUAGUUGGGGGGGGGACAGUUAUCAAAAUUUAAAUGUUUACAUAAUAAAAAGGCUACAACAUAAAUAUUUAAUUAACCUGUAUACAAAGUGUCCCACGGAUAAAUACCCAUUACAAUAUCUCCCUAGAUAAUUAAGGUAAUCAUAUUCUGUUUUCUACGCUAGAUGUUUUAUUACACGAGAUUUUUUCUUCAUCUGAAUACACUUUUUUUUUUAGAAGUUUUGCUCUAAUUUAUGUUAUAAAAGUUCAAAAUAUCUACAAAGUCAACUAUUAACAGGUCCUUUGUGGAUUCGCGACACAGAAGAAAUACCCAAAUUUAAACUUUAUAAAAAAGUUUUAAAGUAAAUUAACUUAUAGUGAUUUUAAUAUGAACAUUUUUUUUUUUAUUAUUUUUUAUUUACAGGAUAUUGCCUAAAGAUAUUAUUAAUCAAGAUGCCACUAAUUGUAAUGGGCCAAAUAAAAAUAACAAUGAGAAUAGUAAUGAAAUUUGGUCAGAUGAAAAAUUGCAGGAAAAAGUAUUAGAGUUAAAAAUUUGA